AUGCGGCUCAGGGGCCUCUCGCCCGGCCAGUCUUGGGUCGUCAUCGUCGCCGUGCUGCUUGCUGCUGCGGCUUCUGCAUUACAUAUACGAAUGAUGGCGUUCCAGGGAUGCUCCCGUCCAUACCGUGUCCUACUCCUUGGUACGAUGCUCUCUGCUUUCGCCACUUCUGCAUGCUCAGACGGCCAUGCUGCCGCUCCUGCUUCAUCGUCGUCGUCGUCUUCGUCUUCGUCUUCGUCUUCCUGCUGCUACCUUCCCCCGCUUUUCCAGGUUUGCUGCCUGCUCUUGAUCGUCCGUCAUCAUGCGAGAAUGGGCCGAGAGCUCCCUGACCUGAUGUCACUUGGCUGA